AAUAAAUAAAUGCGCUGCCAUGUUAAUAAACUGGUCUCAGCACCCAAACUUUGAAAUCUUUUCCCCAUUUCCGUCCUAAUAUAUACAUUCCAAGAAACAUCAAUAUCUCCACCACACCCUCACUAACACUCACCAGCGAGAACCACAAAUCAAAUAAUCAAGACGAGAAUCAAGAAUCAAGAAUCAAGUAUCAAGAAUUCAAAACCCAUUGUGAAUUCUUGAUAUGGCUUUCUCUGCAACAGCCCCUGCUUGUAACAAUAUUCUUUUCAAGAAAUCCACCUUCAAUGGCCUCAAGAACCGUCCUGAACUCCCAUUUAACCACCUCAAGUUUCAUUUUCGUAUGAAAAUGACCACCACCACUGUCCAGGUGGUUUCGGACUCCUCCCCGGUGACGCAACCACUUGAAACCACCCAAGAAUCUCUCUCUUUCUCGCCCAAGAUUCUCCUCCCUAACUUCCCCUUUGAAGAAUAUAUGGUACUGAAGGCAAACAAUGUUAAUGAAGCAUUAGAUAAAGCAGUACCCUUGAACCAUCCAUUAAAAAUCCAUGCAGCGAUGAGAUACUCUCUUCUCGCCGGCGGGAAGCGUGUCCGGCCAAUUUUAUGCAUUGCUGCCUGUGAGUUAGUAGGCGGAGAUGAAGCCGCGGCCAUGCCAUCUGCAUGCGCAAUGGAAAUGAUUCAUACUAUGUCUUUAAUCCACGACGAUCUUCCUUGCAUGGACAAUGAUGAUCUUCGACGGGGAAAACCUACAAAUCAUAAAAUGUUCGGCGAAGAAACUGCGAUCCUUGCCGGAGAUGCAAUGCUUUCUUUAGCAUUCGAGCACAUAGCUAGAGCAACCAAGAAUGUUUCGCCGGAGCGAGUGGUUCGAGUCAUAACUGAGCUUGGAUCGGCUGUUGGGUCAGAAGGACUUGUUGCAGGUCAAAUUGUCGACGUUUGCAGUGAGGGGAAAGAGGUAAACGUGAAAGAUUUAGAGUAUAUCCAUAUUCAUAAAACUGCAAAGCUUUUAGAAGCAGCAGUUGUUUGCGGAGCCAUAGCAGGCGGAGCCGAUGAUGAGAGCAUCGAAAGAGUGAGAAAAUAUGCAAGGUGUAUAGGAUUAUUAUUUCAAGUGAUUGAUGAUAUUUUGGAUGUCACAAAGUCAUCAGUAGAGCUCGGAAAAACCGCCGGAAAAGAUUUGGUAAGUGAUAAAGCAACUUAUCCUAAGCUUCUGGGAAUUGACGAGGCAAGAAAAUUAGCAGCGAAAUUGGUAGAUGAAGCUAAUCAAGAGCUUGCUUAUUUUGAUUCUGCCAAGGCUGCUCCACUGUACCAUUUUGCUAAUUACAUUGCUAGUAGGCAAAAUUAAUUAGUGGGCUAGUUGUUUUUUUUUUUUUUUAUGCAAUUGCUAUUAUUAUAUAAUUAAUGUCACUUGCAUCAAUUGUUGGUUUAUAUGUAUAAUGUUUUUUGAUCAAUAAAAUUUUUUUUUUGUCUGCAAAAUAAAUUUAUUUUAUCAUUUAUACAUAAAUACUAUGCUACAACGUGACUAUAUAGUCUAAGAUGGGAUGCUGUAUGCUGGAGGAUACUAAACUACUAAGAUGGGAUGGAUAUAUAUCACAAA